AUGUCCGACCUCUACCUCUCGCAUGUUAGGAACUGGAUUCUGAAGUCUCCGCCGGCAGAAUGGGUUAUUAAAAGUGGCCGAGAGCUGCUUAUAGGUACAUUGAAACAAGGUCCGAUACCACAGCAUGUCGCUUUCGAGAUGGACGGAAAUAGGCGUUUCGCCAAGAAUCACAAGAUCGAAACUAUAGAAGGCCAUCACCUAGGAUUUGAGGCCCUAGCGAGGGUGCUCGAGAUUUGCUACAAGUGUGGCGUCAAGGUGGUUACCGUAUAUGCAUUCAGUAUCGAAAACUUCAAUCGACCUAGGCACGAGGUUAGUGGUCUAAUGGCAAUGGCCAAAGUUAAGUUGGAACAGCUUGUUCAGCAUGGCGAGCUUCUCGACCGGUAUGGUGCUGGUAUCCGGGUAUUAGGAGAGCGUGAUUUAAUACCGGACGAUGUGUUGCCCUACGUCGACCGAGCCAUCGAGAUGACAAAACAUAAUAAAGAUGCCGUACUCAAUAUAUGUUUCCCUUACACCUCAAGGGCCGAAAUGACCAGUGCUAUAAAAGCUACGGUAGAUGAAUACACGACAUCACCUCGAUCAACGAACACACCAUUCUCACAGUCGCGAAUCACACAGAAGAUAAGAUCUAACAAGUCGAAAAGGUCGGACUCUUCUUCCCCUAUGGACUCUUCCCCAGAUGAAAAUGGCGUAUCGGACAUUGACGAUUCUAUGUCUUCGACUACCGCAUUAGAUCCGGAUUCGCCCCCUCUACAGUCAACACUAGUGAAGCCUACCAGGUUCAAGAACCCGGAAAGUAUCACAACUGAGACUAUCAAUAGUCACACCUAUACCGCCGAGUGCCCACCCUUGGACAUGUUCAUCCGUACUAGUGGUGUUACGAGAUUGAGCGACUUCAUGUUAUGGCAAUGUCAUGAGAAUACCCAGAUAUUCUUUAUGAAGUGUCUGUGGCCCGAGUUCGAUUUAUGGCACUUUAUUCCCAUACUUUUAGAAUGGCAAUGGCGACAAAAGAAGCUAACGGAGAAAGAGGGUUCGCGGAAAUGA